AACUCACUCCCAAAAAGUCACAGACCUGAUCCAUUUUGUUCUCUAUUUGAGUUCCACCAUGAAGAAUCCAAUUCUAUUGCUUGGACUUUUGAUAGUAACAUACUUUAGUCAUUCUCAAGCUGAAAAUGCCUUUUCACAAUACUGGAAAGAGCAUAUUGGUCUUCCACACCCUCCACAUUGGUUAGCUGCAAAGGCUUCUCCAUUAAACCUCCAUCAGGUGGCAGUAUUUUUGAAACUUAUGGAAGAGAACAAAUUGUUUUCCCACUUGCAUUUAUUUUGUAAGCAGGCUAACGUUGCUUGUUCUACAAAUGCACUGGUGAAGAUGACAACAAAUGACACAACCCUACCACCAAUAGUCCCUUGGAAUGAUGCCAAACUAAAAUAUGAUGGCGGCAAUCUUCCAAAUGAAAUACCCUCAUCGGCUUCCAGCCAAGGCGGAUUGCAAUUUUUCCGGGAAUCCAUGGUGAAAGAGGGAGGUUUCAUCCCUAUCCCUGAUCUAAGGGACCCAAUGUCAUAUAAUUCAUUCUUGCCGCGAUCUCUAGCAUUAAAAAUCCCAUUUUCCUUUGCCCAGAUCAAGGAGUUGAAGAACUUUUUUGGUGUGAUAGAUGAAUCAAACAUGGAUGGGUAUAUUCAAGAUACCCUCAAGAUUUGUGACAAGAGCCCCCUUCGAGGUGAACAAUGCACUUGUGCAACUUCCGCCGAGGAUCUCAUUGAUUUCGUUGUUGAGAAAUUAGGGCACCAUGUAAAUGUAUGGAGUACUAAGAGUGUUGAAGGGUCUUAUGAGAAUGUCACAAUUAGAGCCGUAAAACUCGUAUAUGGAAACCUGUCUGAACCGCCAGCCUUAUGUCAUAGUUUGCCAUUCUCAUUUCAAGUCUAUUAUUGCCAUAUUUUACCGAAAGUAAAAAUAUAUGCAAUUGAUAUACAUGCUAUGAAGAAAGUGAAUCAUGUGAUCAUGGUAUGCCACUAUGACACAUCAACGUGGAAUUCAUACCAUCUUGCUUUUAAGUUGUUGGGUUUUGGCCCUGGCCUAAUUGAAGUUUGUCAUUGGAUAAAUGAGAAUGAAGUGAUCUGGACAAAGACUCUAACUUGAGCAGCAUUUGAAGAUUAGAUUAUCUUGCAGUUUUCUUGUUUGUGAUUACAUGUUACUGCUUAUACUAAUUUAAAGAUAAAUAAUGAACUUUGUUUAGCUUGCUUAUUAUGUCUUCCAAGUUUGAAUAGAAUUCUGUUCUCUAA